AUGUCUUCAAAGUACUCUACUCUCCCGGAUAUUGAUGAUCAGCCAGACGUUUACGAGACGCCUGAUUCAACUGACAAUGUUACCAACGUCUCUUAUGAAAACCAGUCAAGUGAUGAAGACGACAACGAGAAUGUUGUGAAAUCUCGUGUUUCUGUUAAAGAUGCUGCCAAUAGGUUCAAAGGAAGCAUUGUUGAUUCCACGGAUACUGAUUUCUCGGAUCGCCUGACUCGCAGAAAGAAGGCCAUGUACCGCACCUACGUUAAGCGUCCACCAGCCAUGGAAACAAAUGAAUAUGAAAUCUUGCCCAAGAACUUGUCUUUGGAUGAAACACCCUUACAGAAAUUGCGUCGUCUGAUGUAUGAAGUUCAGGAACUGAAUGAUGAAAUGGAGAAGGCAAAAGAACCAGCAGAUGCCAAAGAAACCAUUUCGCAAUCUGAUAUCCUUUCACAAAUAGCUUAUUUGCAAUCAGAUCUAGUCAGAAUGAAUCAACAGAUUGGAGAUGAUGGUUUGAGUCAAAAGUCAAAUUAUGGCAAAUCCAUCGAGGACGCAAAAUCACUCAUCAAGCAAUUGGAAGCAUUCAAGAAUAUACCUGCCACUACAGCAUCUGAUAAGAAGGAAGAGAGCGACACAGCUGUAUCAGAAAAGAGUGAUAAGAAUGAUAUGGUCACCUAUGAACUUUUCUAUACCCCUGAGACAGCCAAGAUGCAGAAAGAAAGCAAACUAUCAGAUAUUGAUGAGCGUAUUGCAAAGAUCGAGAAGCUUGUUGGAUCGAAUGCUGGUCAAGCUUUGGAUGAACUGCCACAAAACCUUGCUUCUACUUCGCUUGUCAACUCGCUCUCUAAAUUGGAACAACAAGUGCUUGUCUUGGCUCAACCUAGACAGUUGGAAAUGGUUGCUAGAAGAGUCAAGGUGUUGAACAGCGAUUUGGAUCGAUUGAAUGAAUUGAAAUCUAGUCGUAAGGAUACCUCCAGUUUGGGAUUUGGACUAUCCAGUGCCAUCAAUCCUCAAAAUACCCCUUCUGCAAAUGAAGCAGCCAAUAAGGAUAGCAAUGAUAAUGAGGCAAAGAUUAACAAACUAUUCGCAACCCUUGAAAAAGUGGACCCACUUUUGAAUUUAACGCCUGCCUUGUUGACAAGACUCAAGGCAUUACAAACAUUGCAUACAGAAGCCGCAUCGUUUGGUAAAUCAGUCAAGGUUAUUUCUGAGGAGCAGACCAGGAUGACGGAUGAGCUGAAGAGCUUGACUACAACUUGUGAUUUGCUCAAUCAGAGUUUGAAAGAGAAUGAUGAAUCAAUUAACAACAACAUCAAAGUUAUUGAUGAUAGAAUGACUGAUCUUAUUCAACGCAUGACUGCAUUAAGCAAUACAGAUGCUUGA